AUGUGGCCGCUACUGCUAGCUUCACUCAUACUUCUAACGCAAUCGCUUGCUUCAAAAGAAUAUCUGUUUCCAGUGUACUGGAACGUCCCCUCUGCCCCAUGCGUGAAACAAGGGAUUAACAUUCCAAUUAGCAACUAUGGAAUCAUAUACAAUAAAGGCCAAGAGUUUAUCGGUGACAAAAUUGUGAUAUUCUAUGAGAAAAAAUUCGGUUUGUGCCCGUACUAUGAAGGUUACGAUCCUAAAAAACCUAUCAACGGAGGUUUACCACAGAACGUCGACAUCGAGAAACAUUUGAUUCUAAUAGAGAAACAAAUCCGGGAAGCAGUUCCAGAUGAAAAUUUCAAUGGAUUAGCAGUGAUUGAUAUUGAGGAAUGGCGACCUUUGUAUGAAAUGAAUUGGAACGAUAAAAUGGUCUACCAGAAAGAGUCCAUGAAGCUUGUCCGAUCCAGGCAUCCAACACUACGCUGGAAACAAAUUGAACAGAUUGCGGAAAAGGAAUACAAUAGAGCAGCAAAGACAUUUCUCAUGAAGACCUUGAAAAAAGCCAGGGAAGUACGUCCGAAUGCCUUAUGGGGUCUUUACGAUUUCCCCUUCUGUAAUGGGAAAGCCGGUGAAGAAAAAGGAGAUUUCGAAUGCUCAAAGGAGGCCCAAAAUUACAACGAUAGAAUGGCCUUCAUCUACAACACAUCUCGGGCGUUUUAUCCUUCUAUAUACCUGAAUGGAAAAAAAACGUUCGAGCAAAAUUUCCGGUUUAAUAGGGCUAUCAUAAAUGAAGCGAGAAGAAUCGCAAACGAUCAACAACGGCGAGUAGACUACUACGUUUACACUAAAUUUGAAUAUGAUCCAUAUACACGCUUUGAUUGGUUUUAUAAAAGUGAGGACAUCUGUAACACUAUGAAACUUCCUGCUGACCUUGGUGCAAGUGGAUUGGUGCUGUGGAGUACCAGUAAAAAUAUGCGCGAUCGAUGUGGAAACAUCGAUAGAUAUAUGAGAAAUCAGCUGCUACCGUUUAUUUCUACGAUGAGGGAUCAAAUUGGUGAGUGUCGCCGAGAAAUGUGUUCAGGAAACGGGAACUGUGUCCUAAAGAAACAACUCAAAAAAUGUUAUCAAAAGAUGAACUAUGCCGAUUAUGAGUGCCGGUGCGAUCGUGGAUUCGAGGGACCUGAUUGUUCGCUGAAAAAGAAAUCGACCACCACAAUCAAAUAA